UCACCUCUCCCGAUUCUGACCCGCUCCUCUCUCUCUCUCUCUCUCUCUCUUUUCCUCGUGAGUUCGCCCGCCGCCUCGCCUGCGCCGAUCUCCAUCGAACUCGGCGAGCAGCCGAGGCGGACCUGCUGCCUCCUUCCGCCGCAAGCAUCCUCGCCGCCGGAUCAUAAUAUUGCUGAUUUUGUAUGAUUUGAUUCUUGUUGGGUGAGCCCAAGAUGUCUGGAAAUGACGAUAAGUCUCAGGCUGCAGCUGAGAGAAUAAAAGCACAGGCCUUAUCUGCUGCCAAGGGAUUGAGCAGAACUCAAGCCGAGCGAGCUGCUGCAGCCGCUGCCCGCAAUGUCAAUGCUUAUGGGCAGAAAGAAGAGGGACCUUCGCGCUGGCAGGAGAGGAAGGAGGCCAAGAGACAGAUGUAUCUGAUGAGUACAGAGAAGGCUGUGAUACUGGGAGUGAAACCAAAAGCUGCGCAAACUUCUUCUUCUUCUGGUGGCGCAUAUACCCAGUGCCAGAAGUGUUUUCAGCCUGGGCACUGGACAUACGAGUGCAAGAACGAACGGGUCUACAUUUCGCGGCCCUCGAGGACACAGCAGCUCAAGAACCCCAAGCUGAAGAAGACGGCUGCUCCUGUUUCCUAUCAGUUCCAGAAUCCUGAUCUUGAGAAGGAAAAGGAAGAGGAAAGGAAGCUGAUGAAAGCAAAGUUGAAGAAGGAGAAGUCUGAGAAAAGCAAACGGAAAAGCAAGAGAAAAUACCGUUCACGGAGUGAUUCAGAUAGUAGUGAGGCUUCUGUAUUUGACUCUGACAGUGAAUCAUCAGUUACCGGCUCUGAAUAUUCUUCUGGAAGUAGCUCAAGCUACAGCUCCUCAGACUCGGAGGACAAGAAGCGGCGACCCAAAAGGAAGCAGCAGAAGAGGAGGCACAGAAGGGAAACCUCAUCAUCAGCAUCGUCUGAAUCUGACUCCGAAUCUGCAUCUGCAUCUGACAGUGAUUCUGAUGACAAGGGCAGCCGAAAGAAGAGCAGGAAGCGAAGCGCUAGGCGCUGAGUUUGAAGAACUGGAGCAGGCAACAAGGACAUCAAUUACGAUGAUAUAGUACUAUGUCUAAAUAUCAUUUCUUCUCGUCAAAAUCGUAGAUGCAUGUACCAGGCAUCCUCCGACAAGCAUGUAACAAUUUAGGUGCAGGGCGAGUACUGUUCUAUCCUCGAUUGUAACAAUUUCUAUCCUCAACUCAGGUCCAGGGCGAGUACUGUUCUUUUUUCCAUUCUACAAUGAAGUAGUAUUUGAAGCUCUAGAUCUUCGUGUUGUUUGUAUGCCGUUAAUCAUUUUGAGAACCUGUGAAUCAUGCAACAAUGUUUUAUCUCCCAAUUUCUAUGUUUGGCUCGCUUAUCUUCCUGAAA